CUAUUCCGUGCUCGUUAGUCUAAAUAUUGGGGGUUUGUUGUUUGGAUACAGCUCCAUAAACAGGAAGAAUGGAGACAGCGGGGAGUGUGACUGGUUUAUCGCGGACAGAGCGGAAAGAACGAGAGAGGGCGAAAAUACUUCAACAGGAGGAACAGAGGAAAGCAUUCAAACUGGUGUCAAAGAUCCUAAAAAAAACGGAGGCUGAUUGGACCAAGGAGGAUGUGGCCAUGUUGCAGCAGAGUGAGGGGGUGGUGCAGGAGUUGAAGCAGCGCAAAACAAAACGGGAGACCCUUAAGAGAAAGCUGGAGGAGGUCUUUGAUGAUCCUGAGGAAUUAAAGCUCAAAGUGAAACAGCUGGCCACUGCGAUUCGGAAAGCCAAACACCCUGUUGUGUACACAGGAGCUGGCAUUAGCACGGCAGCCUCAAUCCCAGACUACAGAGGACCAAGUGGAGUGUGGACAUUGUUGCAGAAAGGAAGAUCAGUGAGUGUGUCAGACCUCAGCGAGGCAGAACCUACGUUGACCCACAUGUGCAUCAUGAAGCUGCAUGAAAAUAAACUGGUGCAGCACGUGGUGUCUCAGAACUGCGAUGGGUUACACCUGCGGAGCGGUCUGCCAAGGUCAGCCCUGUCCGAGCUGCACGGGAACAUGUACAUUGAGGUUUGCACUGGGUGCUCUCCAGCUAGGGAGGGCAUCCGUCUGUUUGACGUGACUGAACGCACAGCCCUGCACAGACAUGGCACAGGGCGGAGGUGCCCCAAAUGUGGAGGGGAGCUGAGGGAUACUAUCGUCCACUUUGGGGAGCGGGGUACCUUGGAGCAGCCCCUGAACUGGAAGGGAGCGGCUGAGGCAGCAGAGAAGGCGGAUCUCAUUCUCUGUCUCGGAUCCAGCUUGAAGGUCCUGAAGAAGUAUGCCUGCCUGUGGUGUAUGAACAGAGCUCCUAGUAAGAGGCCAGAGCUGUACAUUGUUAAUUUACAGUGGACACCAAAAGAUGAUCUUGCUGUGCUCAAGAUCCAUGGAAAAUGUGAUGAUGUCCUAAAACUUUUGAUGGAGGAGCUCAAUAUUGAAAUCCCUGCAUAUGACAAAUCAAAGGAUCCUAUUUUCACUUUGUCCACUCCGCUAAGACCGGAUGAAGAGGACAGUCACAGUCGUAAAUUGAUAACGCCCCCUGAAGGUCUGGAGGUGUGUUCACAGGAGGUGGUGCACGAUAGCGGAGGGGCUUCUGUGUCGGGAGGAUGGUUUGGGCGCGGCUAUUCCAAAGGAAGGAAGAAAAAGAGAUAGUCGGUUCAAUUGGAAAGUCACCAACGCGACUGUGGCAGGUCCCUGCCAGUGUAAAUAAGUGCAGUGUGGCAGCCACACCUGUGAUUGUUGGCAGCGAUAGAUUUAACCCCAUCCCUGCCGAAUACUUAUUUACACCUGCAGGGCUUCCGUCCUGCCACAGCUACCUUUUAUUUUUUUUAUGGCUGUCUUUUGAGGUGUAGUGUUAAUAAAUAAAUAUUAUAACAUUAUGCACUUUAAUAUCCUCAGGGAUUUAAGUUCCAGUGUUAAUCUUUUCAUUUUUACGAACUUGAAGUUUAUUUACGCCAGGUUUACUGCAUAUAUAGCACUAGAAUCUUACCUAUAUUGUUUUAUGAUCUGUUGUUCAAGCAGGGCGUUUGCAAGCAUACUGUUAACCUGUCUACUUGCAGAUUGGGGUUAUUGACUUUGUAAAAUAGGGACCAGUUCUAAAACAUGCAAAACGUAGACACAUUUCAACCCACUGCAAGUAGCAGAAGGGUUUUUUUUGAGGUUGUAUUUUUAUAUAAAUGUUUACACAGAUAUUGGUGAAAUAUGAUUAAAAUCUGUUCAUGUUUCAAAGGGCAAACAUGGUUACUGUAGUGAGGCAUGAGGGUACUAUGGAAUUUGUUUGCAGGUAAUAAAAAUAACAUCUAUAUAGAAUUAUUCAGAACACAUAGGAUGUGGUUUUUGUUUUCAGACAUGGUGAUAUAACAAAACAUGCACAUUUUUAUUAAAAGGGGAUACUGUGAUAUUAAAUUAUAGUAACUAUUUCCAAACAUUACAAUGUCAGACAUGUUUCUGUAUCUUAAUUUUUAUUAUGAUUUUAUAAUUUUUUAAAAAUAUUAUUAUUAAUGGGCAUCUCUUGAGCUGAAUACAUUUGAAUGUAUUUAUUUAUUUAUUUUUUUAACAAUACAGAAAUAUGGAUGGUUAUCAACCUCUUUAAGACCAUUUACAUUUUGUGGAACAAAAUGUUUGUAAGAAGUGCUGAGUUACAGUACAGACCUCUAUGACAAAGAAUUAAUAAAAACUGAUUUGAAUUGCU